GAAGGGCAGGGGUCGGCGUCGGCCAUGGAGCAAGGGGAGGCUGCUCCACCGGCGGCCGAGGAGAAGGCGGGGUUGGAGGAGGAUGAUUUCGGCUACCGGCUCUUCCCGGAUCGGAACAAGAAGCCGCAGAGCUUCCUGGUGCGCAGCCUCUUCACUUUCCACAACAGGUGCCAGCUGAUGCUGAGGAUGACCCUGGACACGAAUCCAUAUGCUCAACUUCUUCUUGAGGCUAUGAAGCAGUCCGGCUGCACUGUCUUCAAUGACCGGCACUUUUCUUGUGAAAACUGUGAUGGCUGUGUCAGUGGAGGUUUUGAUUCUGCCACAUCUCAGAUUGUUCUGUGUCAGAAUAACAUUCGCCACCAAUCCCAUAUGAACCGGGUGGUCACACAUGAAUUGAUUCAUGCUUUUGAUCACUGCCGUGCACAUGUUGACUGGUUUAAAAAUGUCAAACACUUAGCAUGUUCAGAGAUUCGAGCUGCUAAUCUCAGUGGAGACUGUACACUGAUGAAUGAAAUAGCCAGGUUUAAAUUUGGAUUAAAAGGACACCAUCAGACUUGUGUACGAGACAGAGCAAUUCGCUCCAUUCUGGCUGUUAGAAAAGUUAGCAAAGAAACGGCAGAAAAAGCUGUGGAUGAAGUUUUUGAUGCCUGCUUCAAUGAUUUGGAACCUUUUGGAAGAAUCCCGCACAGUAAAACAGAUGCAAAACGUGCUUAUAGAGACUUUCAGAACAGAGACCGCUAUAAUGCUAAUUUGUAAAGGAAAAAAACGUGAAAAAUUAUGUUAAUACCUGAGUGUUCUGUAACAUCUGGAGUUACAGUCUAUAGAGUGCUGGUGGAAAGGGCAAUUCUAUCAAAUGUAUCAAUUAAUUUUGUAAAGUUUUUCCAGGAGCCAACUUCCAUGGAAGCAAGCAAAGUAAACGAACAAGACUAAAAACUGUUGUUUCCUCACCUGUUAUUCCAGCAAGAUAAUUUAGUACACCAAAUGACUUGUCAAAUCAUGACCUGCACAUUUCAAUGCACGUUUAAUUCUGCUCAGUCUGACUAGGACUUGGUUUCUAAAAGUUUUGUUGUUACUGAAUAAAUCUUUUCAUAAAAUCUUUA